AUGACGGACGCGUGGUAUAGUAAAACCAAUGAAACAAUUAUCCCGGGCAAUCCUGAUCGCAUUAAAGCUAAAUGGGAUCCAUUACAAUACUUAAAUUUAGCACAAUACUUAAAAGUAUUUAAUGAAUAUCCACGUGAUUUUAAUCCACGUGUCCAUGGUCCUUAUUGUCCAUGGCGAUACUAUGGAAAACGCGAUCUUAGUUUUGGUGAUGUCAAACUUGCUGACGUCCCAGCAUGGAUUGCACGACGAGAUAAAACACCAAUGGGAGUUUAUCAAGGUGGUAUUAGAACUUUUUGGAAAUUCUAUCGUGCUUAUAUGGAUAACAAGAAGCCAAACCUUAUUUGGUAUACACAAAUUUUUGUUGUCGCCUCACUCUUUAACUUUAUCUUCUAUGCUAUUCCCGAUAGAAAACACUACAAAUGGGCCAAAUAUCACUAA